ACUUGGCAGGCAGCGGCCUCCACGGCCUUCUCAUGCCUCGCCUAUGCGCCGUUCUCAGGUCUCAACCGCGCCGGCGCGCGGGUCACCGUCGCCACGGUCGACCCAGCGGGGGACGACGGCCUCGUCGUGGAGGCCGCCUACGGGGUCAAGCUCGUAGCCGACGGCCGCGUCGCCGACUUGGAGGGCGAAGCCUUCGACCUCAUCGCCCUGCCGGGAGGAAUGCCGGGAUCAGUUAACCUUAGAGAUUGCAAAGUACUCGAGAAGAUGGUCAAGAAACAUGCAGACAAUGGGGGGCUCUAUGGUGCCAUCUGUGCUGCGCUGGCGGUGACACUGGCUCAUUGGGGCAUGCUCAAAGGCUUAAAGGUGACCUGUUAUCCGUCAUUCAUGGAGAAGUUCACUGCAGAAGUGAUCCCUGUGAACUCGAGGGUGGUAAUCAAUAGAAAUGCAGUCACCAGCCAGGGCUCAGGAACAGCAAUUGAGUUUGCUCUUGCUUUGGUGGAGCAGCUGUACAGCAAAGAGAAGAUGGAGGAGGUUGUUGGGCCUUUGUAUGUGCGCCCUCAACAUGGAGCUGAAUAUACCAUAGAACUUAAUGCGGUUGAAUGGAAGUGCAGUGGCACACCUCAGGUAUGA